AUGGACGAGCAAGAUGAUGUAAGAACACCUUUAUUACCACCAACUUUACCUCGUUGGUGGCGUGUAUUACCAUCACUAAUCCUUAUAAUAAUAAUUUCCACUAUUGAUGGUUUAACUUUAAAUGAUUUUAUCGAGUAUCGGUAUACACAACUUUAUAAUUUAAAUUCUUCAUCAACACCAAAUACUCGCGAAUUAUGUUUAAAUUCAACUCGAAUAUCACCUAAUGCAAGUGGAUUAAUAUCAACAACAACAUCAAAAUAUCCGGUAUCAACAACAAUGUCAUGGAGUGAAAUUAUUCAAAUGUCAACUGCUCGUUUAAAUGUUUAUAUAAAUCUUGCUGCUACAAUACCUUCAAUUCUUACAUCAAUUUUACUUGGUGCAAAUUGUGAUCGAAUUGGACGAAAACCUUUACUUGCUUUACCAUUUAUUGGUAAAACUAUACGCUAUAUGAUUUUAACAGCCGUUGCUUAUUAUGAUCUAUCGAAUAUAUGGAUUAUCAUAUCAAUUAUGGUUGAUGGUUUGUUUGGUACUGCAGGUCUAAAUAUUUUAAGCUCAUUUGCAUAUGUAACUGAUUGUACAGAUGAAAAAACACGUACAAUCGCUAUUAUAAUUGCUGAUGUGUGUAUUGUUUGUUGUCGUUUUAUACCAUUACUUACAAUAGGAGUAUAUUUACAACAGCCAAAAUUUAUUCAAACAAUGAUAUUUACACUUUUUUUAAGUCUAUGUGGUUUUAUUUUUUCUAUCGUAUUUCAACCAGAAUCAAAUUUAAAUGUACAACAUUUAAAUAUUUUUCAACAAUUAAAAAAGGUUAGAUUUGGCGUUGUUACGAAAGUUUUUCGAGUAUUUUUUGUCAAACGUCCAGAACAUAAACAGAGAUCAUUAUUAAUGUUAGUUAGUACACAUUUAACUUUAAUUUUUAUGGCACUGGGAAAUGUGGCUAUGUAUUACAUUUACUUGUAUGGUGCACCAUUUUGUUUAGAUUCAUUUGGUGUGAGUUUAAAUAGUGUUGCACAAACAGUUACGUCCAUUUUUUUUACUGUUAUAUUUACAUUAACUAUUGGUAAACGUUCUGAUCAUUUACUGAUACCUGCACUUGGCUGUCUUGCCUAUAUGACACAAUUAGUUUUAUUUGGUUUUGCUCGUCAAGUUUGGAUGCUUUACUUAGCUGCUUCUAUUGGCGGUUUAUUUAGUGUUUUAACGCCAAUAAUACGAUCACGUAUAACGAAAUCAGUUGAACCUGAUGAAUAUGCUGUCGUAUUUAUACUUGCUAGUGUAUUAGAAUCAGGUGGUUACUAUGCAAUUAGUGCAUUAGCAAAUGAAAUUUAUCGGGUGUCAUUAACAUUUUGUCAAGGUCUUGUAUAUUUUGUUUUUGCAGGUGUUGGUUCGAUAGCAAUUCUUUUAAUGUUAAUUCUAUACAUUUGGGAAUAUCGACCAACAGUGGUGAAGAAAGUAUCAAGUUUAAACGAAUAA